AUGAGUGAUGGCAUUGGAUUGACGUUGCGGAGGAAAGGUGGAAGGCGACCAAAAGUGCAAGAGAUAUCAGGACCUAUUCCUUCAAAGCAAGCACCCAGUACAUCUGGAAGGUCCAUUGCCGUGCCUCGCGAGAAAAAUCAGCAGUCGGCAGCGACUUCGGACCUGGUGAAGAGGCGUUACUCAACGCGCUUCAACCAGUUGCCAGACUUCACGAAUGCCCCACCCGUACCGAGCCUACCUGGGCAGCCUGGAGUACCCAAGAGGUGGUCAAGACCACGAUCGGCAGGUCGACCGGGAACAUCAGAAAGCGCGCAACCAAUUCGAGUUGAUAUCGGGGCCUUAAGAGAUUCAAAUCUGCAGCCGGAACAAUAUAUCACUGAUUUACUCUCCACCGCCUCUGAGCAAGACAUUCGAGAUUACCAGAAUAGCUUGAGGAAGAUCAAGGAUCGGACGUUAACAGACCUACAGCAGAAUGUGUACCAGAAUCGCACGCAAUUUAUCAAGAUUAGUAAGGAGGCCGAGAAGCUCAAAGGAGAAAUCGAUACAUUGCGUGGAUUGAUGUCUGAAUUGACAGGGGCACUUGGGCAAGCAAAUGGGAACACCCUCAAUGGCAUGAAAUCGCCUACACCCAAUGAGCGCAUGUCUUCCAGAAGAAAUGCAAAUCGAAGCUCUGUGGCCAAUCUGGAGAGUAUGUGGAAUGUACAGCUUCAGACAUUGUGGAAGAAUGUCGAAAGAUCACAGAAAUUCCUCCCUGCCAUUCCAGGCAGACAUAUCGUCCUUGAAACACCUCAUUGGGUUGAACUGGACUCGGCUACCUGGAAGCCUAAGAGGCCCGUCCAUAUUGUUCUGCUCAACGAUCAUUUGCUGGUCGCCUCCAAGAAGCGGAAACGAAUGGACCCGAACAGUCCUCAGAAAGGUCCAGCACCUACCAAGCUAGUUGCCGAAGAAUGCUGGCCAUUACAAGAAAUCGAUCUUGUCGAUUUAGGAGCAAAUCUCACACAGGGUGGAGCUGAUGGCAUCGUGGACGAGCGCAACAUUGGUACUGCCAUUAAUAUUCGGACCGCCAGUAAGUCCUUCACAUAUCGUCAUGACCAAAAGAAUGAGUCAGCCAAGAACGACCUGCUUUUGACAUUUCGCAAGACGGUGGAAGAAUUGCGGAGAUCAGCGAGAUCCGAGACUGAAAAGGGUAGCACCCCAACAGAUGCUUUGAACUACUUCGCCUCCCGUGAUCUAGCUCCAGCGAAGAAGACAGAGAUCAUGGACACCAUAAACUCAUCACGAGAGAAACCAGAGGUUCUGAUAGAUGUGGAUGGAAGGCAGCAGAAUCUACGAUGGGUCGAGGGCCAAAUCGAUGAUCUUGAUAUCGACAUCGCCCUGCGGCGUUUCGAAUCAGCUGUUGCCAAGAUCGAACGUUUACGCAAACUCGCCAGAGGUCUCAAAGGCAAUGCUGUUGCGCAAGAUCUAAUUCUGCUGAAGGUUGAUGAACGGGCCUCCAAGCUUGCCGCAACCCUUACCCGUGCUCUGAUUGACACGCCCUCGUUUUUGGAAGCCACCAAAGCGCACACAUCGUGGCUCAGCCGGCUCGGCUUUGAGGACCGCGCUCGCGAAGCUUACCUACAGGCUCGUACAGACACCCUCAUCAAGCGUGCCCGUCAAUGUGUCUUUGAAGGUGACCUUCACAAAUACAUAUUUCAGGUAUCAUUUGUAUACUUCACAAUUGUCAAAAAUACUGUCAGCAUUUAUCAGGCCUGUUUUCCGCCCUUGAUGAUGAGCGCUUGUAUCAAGUGGGCCAAAGAACAUUUGGAGCAGCUAAAUGUCACCUUGGUAAGGCAGCUCAGCAGCGUGGAAAGAGGUGGUACAGUAUGGAACGAGUGCCUGCUACUGAUUGGGGAGCAUGAAGAAGCACUGAAGAGUGUCGGGCUUGACUUCCACGAGGUGAUCAGCAAAGGUUUGGGCGAUAAGCCGGUGGCUGGAGUUGCAGGCCAAGAUGCUCAGAAGAAUAGAGAAGCGACUCCUGUGGUUGGCUUGGGGCUGAAAUAA